GGUAUCCUUGGCCUCUAUAGAGGAAUGGGGGCUCCGCUGGCGGGCGUGGCUCCGAUGAUGGCCAUCAGUUUCUUUGGCUUCGGUCUGGGGAAACAGCUCCAGCAGACGGAUCCUGGCAAACUUCUAACGCCGUCUCAGAUCUUCCUGUCUGGAUGUCUGGCAGGCGUCUUCACUACAGUGAUUGUGGCUCCAGGAGAGAGGAUCAAAUGUUUACUGCAGGUGCAGGCGAGCAGCGGUAAGAAGAGGUACGCGGGUCCACUGGACUGUGCGCUCAGGCUGUACAGGGAGCAGGGGAUCCGCGGCGUCUACAAAGGGACGGUGCUCACUCUGAUCAGAGACGUGCCUUCUAAUGGUCUCUACUUCCUCACAUACGAAUACCUCAAACACUUCCUGACUCCUGAGGGUCAAAGUGUUUCUCAGCUCAGCACUCCCAACAUCCUCCUGGCCGGGGGCGUCGCAGGAAUAUUAAACUGGACGAUCGCUCUUCCUCCCGACGUCCUCAAAUCCAACUUCCAGACAGCUGCAGAUGGGAAGUACAGAGGUCUUGUUGAUGUCCUGAGAACGCUGCUGCGUGAAGAAGGCCCUAGAGCGCUCUAUAAGGGAUUCAACCCCGUCUUCCUACGAGCCUUCCCUGCCAACGCGGCCUGUUUUUUGGGCUUUGAAGUGGCUCUGAAGGGGUUAAACGUGAUCGCACCCAGUUGGUGAAAUAAACCAGUUCAUCAUGAGGAGUCAGCGUCUGGACCGACCUCCCUCCUGAGCUUCUUCUUCUUCUCUGUUUAUUUUCACACGGUGAAAUGUGAAGAAUCUUUGUAUUCUUAAAUGUAUUUUUACAUUUGAUUUUACAAAUUAAUUUUCUAGAUGAUGAUUUAAUACUCACUUUGUGUGAGCACAGGUUUUACAUAUAUGCACAUUUAUAAAUGUAUUGUUUGAAGUGUCAGCUCUGAGCGUUGAUCACUUUUUUAAACUAUUUAUGAUGUUUGUAGAUAAUUAAUCAGUGUUUGUUUCACUUGUGUAAAGACACUGAGGCACUGUUUUAUAAACUUUGUGAAUAAAGUGCUUGAAUAAAAGGUGUGUACCUGGAUCACCA